UUCCUCUUGGUAUGCUCCAAGAUGGCAGCCCCCAUAGCGAGGCGCUGGUUUCUUCUGGCGCGGAGAGUGCCUCUGCCUCCAAUCUCCCUGGCAGGUAAAAGAUGCCUCCUUUCUGCAGCAUAUGUGGACAGCCACAAAUGGGAAGCAAGAGAAAAAGAACAUUGUCACCUUGCUGAUCUAGCAUCUUUAAUGGAUAAAACAUAUGAGAGAAAGCUGCCUGUUAGUUCUUUAACAAUAUCACGGUUUGUGGACAACAUUUCAUCUAGAGAAGAGAUAGACCAUGCAGAGUAUUACCUUUACAAAUUUCGACACAGCCCCAAUUGUUGGUACCUGAGAGACUGGACUAUCCACACCUGGAUUAGGCAGUGUUUAAAAUACGGUGCACAAGACAAAGCCUUAUAUACUCUUGUAAAUAAGGUCCAAUAUGGAAUUUUUCCAGAUAACUUUACAUUCAAUAUACUGAUGGAUUCUUUCAUAACAAAAGAAAAUUACAAAGAUGCUUUAUCCGUGGUUUUCGAGAUCAUGCUGCAAGAAGCCUUUGAAGUGCCUUCUACUCAGCUUCUGUCCCUCUAUGUUUUAUACCAUUGCCUGGCCAAGAAGACAGACUUCAGUUGGGAAGAGGAGAGGAAUUUUGGUGCAUCGCUAUUACUCCCAGGCCUAAAGCAAAAGAACUCAGUGGGGUUGAGUUCCCAGUUGUAUGGCUAUGCACUUCUUGGGAAGGUGGAGUUGCAGCGAGGGCUGCGGGCUGUGUACCAUAACAUGCCUCUGCUGUGGCAACCCGGCUACCUCAACAGAGCCCUUCAAGUGAUGGAGAAGGUGGCCUCGUCCCCGGAGGACGGGAAGCUGUGUGCAGAAGCGCUGGAUGUGCUAGACAGAACGCUGAAGGCUGUGACUGCUCCAGCCUGUGGGUCUUCAGAGGCACAGCCCCAAGAAGAAGACAGCCAGGGCUCAGAAGAACUGGUGGAGCAGUUGGACGUGGAGGAAACUGAACAGUCCAAGCUUCCCCAAUACCUGGAACGAUUUAAGGACUUACAUUCUAAGCUUGAGGCUUUGGGCAAAGUUGAAUCAGAAAGUCCUUUGACUCUGACCAUCCAGCUCGUCAAGGAACAGCUCCCCACCUUUGAAGCAGAGGAUAUCGCAACCUAUGAGCAGAAGCUGCAGCAAUGGCAUCUGGAACGGGUACACUUGAUUCAGAGGGAACAGGAGCAGAGGGAGAAGGCAAAGCAGGAGCAUGAGGCCCGGAGGGCAGCAAAGACAUCUGCCUAACAGGCCCUCAGGCCCCCAGACCCCACAGAGGAACUUCACUAGGCCCCGUCCUAGGAUUCUUGCUGACCAUGAUGGCAGCCUCAGCUUCCUCUGCCCGUCGUCUCCCUUUUCCUCAAGCAGGCUGCUUGUGACAGAAAGCCACAGUGUUCAACAUAUUAAGGCACUGUGACUUCCCAUCAGAUGCCUAGGAGGGCUGCUGAGCUCUGAGUGGCAGGUGAUCAGACUGAAGCCCCAGCUAAACACCUUAAAAAGGUGCUAUCAAGGCUUAUGGUGGGGUUUCCGGGGUCAGGUAUCAGUGUUGAACAUUGAAAGUCCCUGAUACAUAGCAGUGGUGGAGGGAGAGACCGUGUUUGAACAGCCUGGUCUUGAGCACAGGCUUCUGAGUGGCCUCUCUCCCCAGCAGGCAAACUGCACGUCCUGAGGCCUCCUCCCCCUCAGUGUCCUCCCAGCCUGAGCUGGGUGUGGGACACCCACACAUCUCACUUUCUCCCUCCCCCAUGUCUCUGCUCUGCAGACCUAAACUGGGAAGAAAUUGAGGACAGGAAUGAACAUGACACCAUGAACCCACUGGCUUUCAAAUUUCAGGCACCCACAGUAAUAUUUUUAGAAUGGAAGCGUUUUUGAGGAGAAAGAUAACUCUAGCUCUGAAGCCUCCUGAGCUUGGCUUCUCCAUCACGUUGGGGUAACUUCUUUCCAAAGCAUUGUCUCAGCUCCUUCCUCAAGGAGGUAAAGUGAGCCUUUUGUGUCCACACAUGCACACAUGUGCAACUUGUGAACACACAUUGCCGUUGGAGAAAUAGGAGAAAACGAGAGGCAGGAUGGGGCUUGUAGUGCAUUGGAGACAUUAACUGUGAACCUCCCAGGGAGUGGAAAUUCCUUCCUGAAGUUUCUCUGUGAAAGGGGUCAGGGGCAGCUCCUGCUUGCUGUAUACAUUUGCCUGUAAGUACAGUGGUAUACUUUUAUUCAAGGUCGUGCUCUUUUAAUCAAGAACCUGUGGAAAUAAAUGUUCUGGGAUUA